CUUCCCUUUCGCGCCCCUUCCCUGCCCGGCCGCCCCUCGCGCGCUCCAGCCUAUUGUUCUCCCGCCGCUUCCUUUCCCCCUCGCCUUCCCCCCUCCAACCCGCUUCGGAGGUGGGCGGGGUUUCCUUGGCCUCGACUGACACUUCGGGGGCGGGCCGGAGCCGGUGAAAACGGGAGGCUGGAGCCGGCUGCCCGGCGGGACGAGAGUCGGCAAAGGCGACGGCGCUGCUGCUGCUGGAGGCAGCUCUGGGCCUGCUGUGCGGCGUUUCGCCUCCGCGGCGCGGGCUGGCAAGCCAAUGAGGGCCCGGACUCCGGCCCUCGCUGCCUCAGGAGCUGCCGGGAGCCCCCCGUGCCGACCGCCGGCCCGAGUAGGGGCGGGUCGACUGGUCUCCCCAUGCGGCGGCUCCAGGAGAAAUUCAGGAGGUGAGGCAUGGCGGAGGCUUAUUGAGGGGGCGAGGUACUCCGUUACAAGGCUAAGUAUCGGCGGCAAUUCCUCCUCUCUAGGAGAAAGGCAGCUUCCCGCUAAUAGAUUCAUGAAUCAUCCAGCUCCAGCAAACAGUCGUUAUAAACCUACUUGCUAUGAGCAUGCUGCUAACUGUUACACUCAUGCGUUUCUUAUUUUCCCAGCCAUUAUUGGUAGUGCCCUCCUUCAUCGACUCUCUGAGGAUCAGUGGGAAAAGAUAACAGCAUGGAUAUAUGGAGUUGGUCUAUGUGCACUUUUCAUCGUUUCAACAGUGUUUCAUAUAAUUUCUUGGAAGAAGAGUCAUCUAAGGACAAUGGAGCACUGUUUUCAUAUGUGUGACCGAAUGAUGAUCUAUAUCUUCAUUGCAGCAUCAUAUGCACCUUGGUUAAAUCUUCGUGAACUUGGACCUCUGGCAUCUCAUAUGCGUUGGUUUAUCUGGCUAAUGGCUGCUGGAGGAGCUUUUUAUGUAUUUCUCUACCAUGAAAAGUAUAAAAUUGUGGAGCUCUUCUUCUAUUUAGCAAUGGGAUUUUCUCCUGCUCUGGUUGUAACUUCCAUGAACAACACUGAUGGACUUCAAGAACUUGCCUGGGGAGGGGUAAUUUAUUGUAUGGGAGUGAUCUUCUUCAAGAGUGAUGGAAUAAUUCCAUUUGCCCAUGCCAUCUGGCAUCUGUUUGUUGCCACAGCAGCUGCAGUUCAUUAUUACGCUAUUUGGAAGUAUCUUUACAGAAGUCCUGCAGAUAUCAUCCUUCAGCUAUGAUAUGAAACACGAAGACAGAGACAUCUUCAGCAACAAUAUGCCUUUGACUCAGUAUUACUUGGGGGAAAAGAAAUUAUUGGGAAAUGUGGGGAGGGGGAUUGUAGAGGAAAUAAUGCACUGACUCUGAUCAUUUUCAGCUUUACUGUGAACUUAAGUGACAAAACUCUUUUGUAGAAUUACAGUUCGCAUAGCAAGUGCUGGAGCACCUUGUUCUCUUAAGUACAGUCCUAGGAGAGCCCCAGUUGAAAUAAAUAAGACUUGGGCAAGAAUAUGGCACUCCUAUUCAUUUCAGUGUGGCCUGCACAGAAGCCUAUCCUUUUCAUGUUGUGUCCACUGUGAAGAUGUGGAGGCUACAUCUAACCGGUGAAUUUUAGAUGGGGCAUUUAAAUCCAUUUAAGCCCAGGUUGGGAUUGUGGUUCAAACCAACAUGCUGCAUUAUGAAAAAUCCAUUCCACAUUAACAAGCUACGACGAUGUGAAAAAUGGGUGAUGGUAUGUUUACAAAUUCUUUUUUAAUGUCUGUCAUAAGUUUUAAUUUCUGCAUCUUUAAACGAUGUAAACUUAUGAAUUAUAGAAGUUUAUGUGAUAUAGCGAAGCCACAUUUUUAAAAUUGCUUCUAUCACUUUUCACAAAUAAUUUCAUAAAAUACAAAUCAUGCACCUAUAUGGUUUAGCUCUUCCCUCCCAAACCUGAUAAACCAAUGUGACUUUUAUAAAAUGUUUAAAAAAAAAAUUAAAGAAAUAGCUUGCUUUUUUUUUUUUUUUUUUUUUGCAAAAACCAAAAACAAACCUGGCUACAUUCCACAUAUUGGUACAUAAUCUCUCUACCAGGGUUUUCAUUUUAAAAAAUGUGACUGAUAAUAAUUUCUAAAACUGGCUUUGCCAAACUAACCUGAAAAUCUUCCACCUGCUGUGGUAAACUGAAUUGCCAGUGUGGAGUGUAUUUCAGAAUACAACUAAUGCUACCUAAUACAGUGCCAUUUCUAGAAGAAUUUGUAGGUAUCUGUGUGAUAGAAAUUUAGUUAGAAAUGCGACCAGCAGUUAACAGCUGUAACAUUUGAAUGACUCUAAAGCAUCAGUAAUUUUGUAGAUUCGUAAGACAUUUGGUGCUCAAACAGAGGUUCUAGUGCAACUUUAUGCCUGUUUACUCAGAAGUAAAUCUUAUGGUAUUAAUGGGGUUUACUCCCUAGUGAUUUUAGGACUACGUCCUUACAGUAUUCAAGAUUACUAGUUGGGGCCAAUUUGCACCCAUUGGGUGUAACCUUACUAGAGUACUUUUGCCAUUUCUGAAAACUAAAGAGUUGCUGAUAAAUUUUUGAAUAUUAACAGUGAGUGGUUCACUGUAACACCCAAAUGGCCUUUAUGGAAGGGAAGCUUAAAAGACUUGUGAUAUCUUCUCCGUCUGGGACUUAAAGUUGCAAAACUGCAAGCGUAUGUUGUUUUUAGUAGUUGGGAUAAUAAAGGACGGCAGCAGUUUGGUUGUCUGAUGUGUUUAUUAAAUGACAAGGUUUGAGUUUGUGGUGGUCAGUGUCAAGUUACUGUAUACGUCCCACUGUACUAUGAAUGUCUUAUAUUAAGAUUGAAUUUAUGCUUUUUGUAACUUGCUCUUUUUCUUGUAAGUGUUUAAAAAAAAACUAAAAUGAAACAUGUUGCCUUUUUCAGAUUUUACUCUGGAGAUUUUACCUGUGAAACAACAGAACAAAACUAUAAAAAUGUUGGGGCAGGGUUGCCCACCGCCCACUGCCCAGGAGUAUGUAACCUCUUCAACAUUUGCCACUUGGUUGUAAUUUAGCUUCUAGAGUUGGGUGCCUUUGCUUUAGUUUAGACAGAGAGGCUGCCCAGAAAAAAAUCUGGUUUCAAUGCAGUAUUAGCUAAUGAUUAUAAAAUCGUAUCUUAUCAGACUCACUUCCAAAGGUGUUCAGAGUAUGAAGGUGUCUAUACAUGUCUGACUAAAUGGUAGUUGUUUCACUCUUUUUCUUAGCAUGUCAACAUUAUAGAGACGGGGUUGCAAACGAAUGGAAGAGCCUUACAAGAAAUUCCCAUCUAGCUAUUGGAAUCCAAGAGGUGGAGAACUUGUUUAACUUUCUGAGUAGAAUGUUAGAAAAAAAAAUAUUAAAAGUACAAAAACGUUUACUGUGUCCAUUCUGGAAUAUCUGAACGACACAGCUCUGUUUUUUUAUUUACUUAACUGAUGUAUCUAAAUAUUCUAAAUAUUUUCACUUUAUGUGAGUUUUCUCAAUCAUGUGGAGUGCUGUUAAAACCACUAAAAUGUUUUUAAAGUUCUGUUUUUAUUAAAACUAGUUCUAAAUAACACUGCUACCUUCAUGGUAACUGCUUGUGGUAUUUAUAUUGUUGCAUCUUUUAAGGAUGAAAAGUGUUAAGGUUGAAAACAACUGAACAUGUCCUCCCCCUAAUUUAAUCCAGUUCCUGAAGGUUAAAUGUUACUAGAUUAAUGCAAAUAAACAUUUUGUGCAAUUUGGAA